AUGGUUCGACCAGCCUGCCGCUUCGCCCUACUUUGCACGGUGGCCUGGGCGUCGACCUGCUUCCUGCCGUUGUCUCGCCCACCUCCCAACCAGAGGAUGCCCUUGCGACCAGCAAGGGCAACAGACACUGCCCAGGGCUUGCUGGGUCCUCAUGAACUAGCAAAGCAGGCAUGGAGGAAUAAGUACGGUAUUCAGUGGAUGGUUCUCUUUUCGGUGGCUGGCUGCUUUUGCAUAGCUUUGGAGAAGCAAUUCACAGGAGAGCUCACUCAGUAUUGCUUCCUUGCCGGAAAUAGGGCAGAGUUUUGGCCGAGGAUGCGGAAGGUCUUAUUGAUAUUGCUGUUAUCGCCGGUGUGUCAAGGAGCUUAUAACCUGCUUUGCAAGAAGACUAGCAAUUCCAUCAAGUUGUCCCUUCAGACGCAAGCCUUUGGCUUGGUUUUGAAAUCAACACAAGGUUUGUCUGAGGGCGCAGCAGCUGCGUUGUUCAGCCAGGAGAUAGAUGGGCUAAGAAGCAUUUUGAACGAAUUUCUUCGAGGACUUGUUGGGUGCGUCAUUUUCUCGGGAUUUAUUGCGUGGCAGCUGGUGAACCGAAGAGAAGUUCAUUUUCGACAGGUUUAUCUAGCGCUUAUGUGCGUUCUUGUUGUUGGGGUGGUUUGCAGCCUCAAGGUGCAAGCCAAGGUCGGACCUGCAGGAGCAACGGUCACAGAGGCAUCGAGGCAGGUGGCAAAUGGGGUUGUGGCUGAACUUGGAGUCGCAGAAGAAACGCGAGCUUAUAAUGCAACGAAGGAGAGGAGCCUUAAGCUGGCAGCAGACAUGCAAGAUGGAAUUGACAAAGAGUUUGCUCCGGAAGUGCUACGGCAGCAAUGGCAGAUGCUCGACAGCUGGCGUCAAAGUGUCAAUUUCGUUGCUGCCUACUUCCUCAUUGGCAGACAAGUGAUGAGAGGGCAGGUGCCAUUUGCUGCUUAA